CAUCGUUAUUGUGAGAAGGGAGCAAGGGUAGUUUGGUCUUUCGGAAACACACAACUCAGAGAGAAGAACCACUUCGCUAUGCAAACGCACCCAUCUCUCUGCCUCUGCGACCGCGCGUCCCAAUUCGUUACCCUCUUUUAUAGCCCACACAACACAAAUCCCCUUUCAUUUUUCUUUUCCUUUUCAUUUUCAUUUUAAUAACUUAAAUUUUUCCUAAAUUCAAUUCCAUCUCCUUAGGGAUUUCAAUCCCUCUUCCAUAUGGAUGCCGACGACGACGAAGCUCAACUCCCAAAACACUCCCCACAAUGCCACGCUCGCCUGCAAAAUCUUCCCGACGCCGCCGUAGGGGAUUUUCCGCCGGCACAGCUCCACGCCGGAGACCUUGAGGCUGUGACCGCGGAGUUGAGUGAAGCCAACGCCGAUGCGACGAAGGAGAAGGGAACGGGGAAUGAAGGAACCGAUGCGGCUUUGGAGACGGAGAAGGUGGAAGGCGAAGGGAGUUUCCCAAUUCAUAAGGAAGAGACCGAGGAUGGGAAGAUGAAUGAAGGUGCUUUGAUGGAACAAGAAGAAGAACGCCAAGAAGACGAUGCUUUGUUAGAACACGAAGAAGAACGCCAAGAAGAUGACGCUUUGUUGGAACACGAAGAAGAACGACAAGAAGAUGAGGCUUUGUUGGAACAAGAAGAACACCAAGAAGACGAUGCUUUGGUGGAACAAGAAGAGGAAGAACAGCAAGAGGACGAGGCUUUGAUGGAACAAGAAGAAGAGCACCAACAAGUAGAAGAAGAAGAGGAAGAAGAAGCUGGUGCUGAUGGGGAUGGUGGUAUGGCAAUGGCAGAAGAUACAGAGGGUGCAGAGGAGAUAGAGGAGGAGAAGAGUGCGAGUGUCAGUGGUGGGAAGAGGAAGCGUGGGGCUGGGAAGAAUGCUAAGUCUACAGGGAGAGUUGCAUCCAAGAAAAAGAUGGAAGAGGACGUUUGUUUUAUUUGCUUUGAUGGGGGUGACCUUGUGCUUUGCGAUCGCAGGGGAUGCCCCAAGGCCUACCAUCCUUCUUGCGUUAAUCGUGACGAGGCCUUCUUUCGAGCCAAGGGAAAGUGGAAUUGUGGUUGGCAUCUUUGCAGCAACUGUGAAAGGAAUGCAUACUAUAUGUGCUAUACAUGUACAUUUUCUUUGUGCAAGGUAUGCAUCAAAGAUGCUGUUAUCUUAUGUGUUAGAGGAAACAAGGGCUUUUGUGAGACAUGCAUGAGAACCGUGAUGUUGAUUGAACAGAAUGAACAAGGAAACAAUAUGGGGCAAGUAGAUUUUGAUGACAAAAACAGCUGGGAAUAUCUCUUCAAGGACUACUACAUAGAUCUGAAAGAAAAACUAUCUCUAACAUUUGAUGAACUAACUCAAGCUAAAAACCCUUGGAAGGGAUCUGAUAUGCUUCCUUCAAAAGAGGAAUCACCGGAUGAACUUUUUGAUGCCAGUAAUGAUAGAGGAUCAGAUUCAGAUAGCUCAUAUGAGAAUGUAGAUUUGAAUCAUUCUAAAAGAAGAAAGGCCAAGAAAAGGGCAAAGUCCCAUUCCAAAGAAGGUAAUUCAUAUAGUGCUGUGAGAAUGCUUGGUGCUGAUGGGCCAUCUGGAGAUGACAGCUCUGACUGGGCUUCGAAAGAGCUUUUGGAGUUUGUCAUGCACAUGAGAAAUGGAGACAAAUCUGUUUUGUCUCAGUUUGAUGUCCAGGCUCUUCUGCUAGAGUAUAUUAAAAGAAAUAAACUUCGAGAUCCACGCAGAAAAAGUCAGAUUAUUUGUGAUGCAAGACUUCAAAAUCUGUUUGGUAAACCAAGAGUAGGACAUUUUGAAAUGUUAAAACUUCUUGAAUCCCAUUUCCUUCUAAAAGAGGAUUCUCAGGCUGAAGAUCUGCAGGGAAGUGUUGUUGACACUGAAAUUAGUCAUUUGGAAGGUGAUGGGAAUCCCAAUUCAUAUGUCAAAGCUGGCAAAGAUAAGAAACGCAAAAAUCGUAAGAAGGGUGAUGAGAGAGGACUUCAAUCUAAUGUUGAUGAUUAUGCAGCCAUUGAUAAUCAUAAUAUUAAUUUAAUUUAUCUAAGACGUAAUUUGGUGGAAGAUCUACUUGAAGAUACCGAGAAGUUUCAUGAUAAAGUUGUUGGUUCUUUUGUGAGAAUAAGAAUUUCUGGUAGUGGUCAGAAGCAAGACUUGUAUAGGCUGGUUCAGGUUGUAGGUACAUGCAAAGCAGCAGAGGCAUAUAAAGUUGGUAAAAGGAUGACAGAUAUCUUGCUAGAAAUCUUAAAUUUAAACAAGACAGAGAUUGUAUCGAUUGAUAUUAUCUCUAACCAGGAGUUCACAGAGGAUGAAUGCAAGCGUCUCCGUCAAAGCAUAAAGUGUGGCCUCAUAAACCGGCUAACUGUGGGUGACAUUCAGGACAAAGCAUUGAUACUUCAGGCUGUUAGAGUAAAAGAUUGGCUCGAAACAGAGAUAGUGCGGCUGAGUCAUCUUCGUGAUAGAGCUAGUGAGAAAGGACGCAGAAAAGAGCUCAGAGAAUGUGUAGAGAAAUUGCAGCUGUUGAAAACACCAGAAGAACGUCAACGGAGACUGGAGGAGAUUCCAGAAAUACAUGUGGAUCCAAAUAUGGAUCCAAGUUAUGAGUCUGAAGAAGAUGAAGAUGAAAUGGAUGAUAAAAGACAAGAAAACUACAUGAGACCUAGAGGGUCUGCUGCCUUUGGAAGGAGGGGGAGAGAAAUUGUUUCUCCUAGAAGUGGUUCUAUUUCAAGUGAUCCUUGGAGUGGAACAAGGAAUUAUUCUAACGUGAAUCAGGAACUUAGCAGAAAUUUGUCUAAUAAGGGAUUUUCAAUCAAAGGUGAUAAUGCUUCUAAUGCUACUGAGGUACUAAAUGAUGUUCAAUUGCACCUGGGAAGAGACAGAGAAUCUCAACUAUCCAAUAGCUGGGAAAGGCAAAAGCUAUCUUCAAGCUUGGAAAGUGGUGCUAAAACUACCCAAUCAUUGGUAACAUCAGAGCCUUUUUCUACUGCUGUGUUAGAAGCUUCUGCAGCACCAUCUUCUGCUGGAAUAGCUCCCCCAGCUGUGAAAAUUAAUGAAACAGAAAAGAUGUGGCAUUACCAGGAUCCAUCUGGAAAAGUUCAGGGACCAUUUUCCAUGGUGCAGCUACGUAAAUGGAGUAACACAGGAUAUUUUCCUGCUGAUUUGAGGAUUUGGAGAAGCACUGAGAAGCAGGAUGAAUCUAUACUCUUAACGGAUGCCUUGGCAGGGAAGUUUUCUAAAGAACCAUCAAUGGUGGAUAAGGCCCAAACGGUGCAUGAUUUACAUUACUCAUCCUCAUUCUCUAGGAAGUCUGCACAACAGGGUAUAGAAGGUCAAGUCGGAGAAAGGCCAACAUUUGAUCAAAAUAGUGGAUCUUGGAAUUCACAUGGUACUCUGGGUUCUCCUGGACAAACCAAUGGAGGAAGUUGGAGAUCUAAAGAUAAUAUGAUUUCUUUAGCAAGUAGAACUCCAUUAGCAGUUGAGGUCCCGAAAAACCCAGCAAAUGGCUGGGGGUCUGAUACUGGUGUUAGAAAUGAAUCAACAAAUCUUCCUUCACCUACUCCCCAGGUUACUCCUGGUGGGACUAAGGGGCAGGCUUUUGAAAAUAAAUGGUCACCAACACCUGUCCAGGUGGCUGGGUCUCUCUUAGGCAAUUCAUUCCCAGGCGGUCAUGCAGGUAUGCAGGCUGCUGUGGUAAUGCACCAAGAGAAUGUCGUACAGAAUGCUGAAAAAGGUUCAAGUUCACAACCUGGGAUGACUCAAGCUUCUACAGAUACUACUCAGUUACAUCCUCAAGCAACAGCAAUGGCACCUGUUCUGGCUUCAGGUGUUGACAUUAAAAUGGCAAGUGCAAAUAUGCAAAAUCAGGUUGUGAGUAGCCACAACACUCAUGCUGAAGUUCAAGGUUGGGGUUCUGCUGUGGUUCCAAAGCCAGAACCACAGGCCUGGGGAGUUGCAUCGUCUCAAAGGAUAGAACCAAGUAAUCCUGCAACUAUGCCUACCCAGCCCACUUCCCAUGGCCCCUGGGGUGAUGCUUCGUCUGUCCAGAACGCUGCCUCUUUUAGCACUGGAAAUCCAACUGGGAGUUUAACCACACCUGGAUUUCUGGGCAUGACUACACCUGAGCCUUGGAGACCACCAGCUUCAAGUAGUCAAUCAAACAUUACAGCUCCUCCAGCACCAGCUCCAGCUAAUAUGCCUUGGGGCAUGGGCAUGCCAGGAAAUCAGAAUAUGAGCUGGGGUGGGGCUCUACCUGCCAAUAUGAAUGCAAACUGGAUGCCUGGGCAGGUUCCACCACCUGGAAAUACAAAUCCCGGAUGGGUUGCUCCAACUCAGGGGCUACCUCCAGUGAAUGCAGUUGGCUGGGCUGGACCUGGUCAAGUACGUCCCCAUGUAAAUGUGAACGCAGGUUGGGUUGUGCCUGGUCAAGGGCUAGCACCUGGAAAUGCCAAUCCUGGUUGGGCUGCAUCGGCUGGGAAUCCAAGCAUGUGGGGAGGGGAGCAAAGUCAUAAUGGAGACAGGUUCCCCAACCAAGGGGAUCGUGGUACCCAUGGUGGAGAUUCUGGUUAUGGAGGUAAAUCUUGGAACAGGCAGUCAUCAUUUGGCAGCGGAAGCAGAGGAGGUUCUUCCAGGCCUCCUUUUGGGGGACAAAGAGGACUCUGCAAGUAUCAUGAGAGUGGACACUGCAAGAAGGGUGCUUCCUGUGAUUUUCUACACACUUAGUUGUAGGGCUAAUUAGCAGCAGAGAAACAUCUCUUACUGUACAGUAUUUUCCCAUUUCAUGGCUAAACAUUGUAUAAGGAUGUGUCAUGUAUGUAGAACUUAGUUCAUUGUAGUAUCUCGUUAAUUUGUCUUGCAUAUUUAUCUUUUUUGGGCCAUGUAUUCCUGUAUUGGAGUUGACCGAUGCGAGAGUUGACUAGUUACAGAAGUUGAAAUGGCUUUAGAUUAAUAAUAACAACUGGAAGUUGACGUUGUAGGUUUUAUUUUUCGAAGUU